UGCUGCGAUGUCAAAUUGUCAAUACGGACUCUGCGGACGGACUCUUUCGGUAUUUUCGUAAUAAAAUAUAGAAUACUGUAAAUACUUGUUUACCAGAACUGGACAUUUCAACAACUGGUGCAUUAAUUAUAUCAUAAUCUGGUGUUUUUCUUUGGUUCUAAAUGUACAUAAUCUGUUAAAUAACUAUUUUGAUCAGUUUAGAAUACCGCCGAACAUCGGUAAUCUCAUUUUGUGUACAAUGGAUUUUAGUGGAGCUAGCCAAUCUUGCGAUCUAUAACAUCGUAAUAUACUUACGGUAUCAGUAUCAAUCAUCCCCCUUCAAUUGUUUUGUGUAAUACAAAGUACACGUGAACGCGACGUUUGCUUAUUUGGCGGGAAUCGACGGAGCUAAUUGUUGGUUCUGCAGCAGUUUUUGUACAUCGUUUUUAAUUAAUUUUACAAUUACAUUCGUUCACUAAUAACGAUCAGCUAGUGGAGUUUCAAAACAAUGGGACAACUGAAGCAUUUAUUACGAUUUUACUGGAAACCGGUUACCGCCGUUGUUUUGCCGUUUGCACUUCUUCCGUUAUGUUUGGUAUUCGAAACAAAUGUGUCGGCCGCUAGGUGUGGCUACGCAAUGAUCUUGAUGGGAUGCUAUUGGAUUUUUGAACUGAUGCCCAUUCCGGUGACGGGAUUGUUGCCGGCAAUACUCUUCCCUCUGUUAGGCAUCCAGCCAGCAAAGGAUGUGUCGAAAAGCUAUUUCCAGGACAGCGUUAUGUUGUUUGUUGGUGGUUUACUUGUUGCUGCCGCGGUCGAGCAAACGAACCUGCACCGGCGAAUCGCACUUAGGGUGCUUCUCCUUGUUGGAUCAAAACCGCACUGGGUAAUGGCUGGAUUUAUGUUGAUCUCCGCUGGCUUAUCAAUGUUUAUCUCAAAUACAGCAACUACGGCGAUGAUUUUACCAAUCGCUAUUGCGGUAGUUAUGGAAUUAAACAAACAGCGGUUCCAAAUAACAAUGUCCCGGUCGACUUCGAUGGCCAGCACAAGCAUAAGCAUGAAGCCAAUCGGAAAUUCUGUAUCUACCCAUGAACUCAAUACUCUUUCGGGAUCUGCUCAAAUGCGCAUUGGCUUGUCCAGUACUGCUAACAUUUCUGACAUCCCGGACAACGUUACCGAUUACGAAGCGCUAAAAUUUGAAGACUUUCCGGUUAGACAGCAAGAAAUUUCCAAAGCGCUGGUUCUUAGCGUUGCGUAUGCGUCCAGCAUUGGAGGAAUGGCGACUCUCACGGGAACCCUAACUAAUGUGGUCUUUAUCGGAGCAUUUCAAAAGAAAUACAACUCCACAGAGGCAGCGGAAGCGGUUACAUAUGCCACAUUCAGCAUGUUUGCUUUUCCGACCAUGCUUCUAUGCUUGGUUUUUUCGUGGUGUUGGCUAUCGUUUCUUUACUUUGUAAUACCAUACCUCCGGACAAAAGAAAAAGACAGCGAUUCGGAAAUGGAAAAGAAUAUAAAAAAUAUGCUUCGAAGAAAAUACGAAGAACUAGGCAAUUGGAGGUUUGCGGAAGGGUCUGCUUUAGUGAUUUUUGUCGUUUUGGUUAUUCUAUGGUUCUUUCGCGCGCCAGGAUUUAUGCCCGGCUGGGACACAGGAUUUCCUGCCGGCUACGUGUCUGACGCUACACCAGCAAUAUUUAUGGGAUUUCUGUUGUUCUUAUGGCCCAAUGAGCUUCCAUUUAGAAUAAAUCAGAAAUCAGAACAGAAAACAAAGUACCGAGCAAUUCUGGCUUGGAAAGAAACAUGUAGAAAUUUUCCAUGGGAUGUCGUGUUGCUUUUAGGAGGCGCUCUGGCUUUGGCCGAAGGAGUGGAAAUUUCUGGUUUAACGGAUGUCCUGGGCGAUCAGCUUGGCACGUUAAGCUAUCUUGAACCGGCAGCGAUGGCGACAAUUCUUGGGCUAAUUGUGACGUUCUGCACGGAAUUCGCCAGCAACUCGGCUAUCGCAUCCAUCUUCCUCCCUGUUGUUUCUGAACUGGCUGAAAAGUCACAUCUAAAUCCGCUGUACUACAUGUUACCGGUGACCUUAUCUUGUUCCUUCGCCUUCAUGUUCCCGGUGGCCACUCCGCCCAAUGCCAUCGCUUUCGGGUGUGGAUUUCUGAAAGUCAGGGACAUGGUCAAAGCCGGGCUGGCGUUAAAUUUUGGUUGCUUAGCCGUGACCUUGGCUGCUGUACACACUCUUGGAUAUUGGAUACUGGAUUUAGGUGUGUACCCAUCUUGGGCCCCGGGUUUCAACAUUAGCGCAACCAACACGUCCACGCAACCAACGAUAAAUUUUGAAAUGCUGUUGAAAGCAAUUCCACUGGAUCAUCACUGAUUUAUGGUAUAAUGGGUUCAUGCGUUUGUCAGUUGGUUGGUGCAGGUGCACACUGCACAGCUGGAUUUGCCAAAAUUUGCAGAUGUUGUUCCAAAACGAAAGCAUACUCUGGGUCGGAAAUAGUCUAUUAAAGCUCUUAAAUGUAAAAAUGUAAAACCUAAAUUAAUAUCGUUAAUGGCAUUUGCCAUUUGUGAUUGCAGUUUCCUCUUUAAUUGCCUGAUUGCAGUUUUGUCCCUUUGGUCAUGAUCUAUGCGUUUUUUUGUCGAUGCUGCCGAUUGUAUAUAUGUACGAGUUGCUGAUAGCACAGUUACAAACAACGCCAAUAAACGA